AUGGAUGAAGGGCCUGUCGGCUACAGUGUCUCCACUUCUGCAACUCCGCAGCCACCGGUGACACCAUUGCCUGUGACCCCUCCUGAGAGAUCUGAAGAGGAGGAUGAACUGCAAGCCUUCCAACGGGAUCAGAUGAUUGAAGCCUUCCAAGCAGAACUGCGUUUGCUUCGCAAUCGCCUUGCCAAGAAAGACCAGGAGCUCAGUGACUGCCACGUGGAAGCUGUCCGGCACAAGAACAUUAAGCGAGACAGCGCCAAGAUAGCCAAUGAGCUUCAGAAAAAGACCGUUUUGCUUCAGGAAGAGCAGGACCAUUCGAAGGAAGUUAAGGCACAAAUGGAGCAGUACAGGGCCCAAUGGGCGGAGUACAAACAACAAGUUGAGCAGCUGAAAAGAGCUGCAGAGAGCGACGCCAAAGAACUCAGCAAAGCCUUGAAGGAGGCCAAGGAGGCUAAAGAGGCAAAGGCCCGAGAGUCUGAGGCAAAGGCCCUUCUGGAAGCUGAAGUGCAACAGAAUCGGGCUACAAUUGAGGAUCUUCGCGCAAAGCUAGAGGCUCUCGGCGACGGUCAGGAUCCGAUCGAACCGGAUGCCAAGGAAACUAAAGAAACAAAGACCCUGAGUUCCCCGAAGAGCAAGACUGCCGUCCCACCCGCACGGCCUGCGAAGAAUCUACGGAUGGCUCUCAGCAGUGGAAACAUCGACUUGGAUCCAGAGAAUGUGGCACGCUUCACGGAAGCUCCCAGCUCUGAGAGCCCAGGCCCACAAGCUGCGAAAUCACGCGAGGAGGAAAUGCCCCAAAUUGCGCAUGAUCAGGACAUUUUUUCCACGCAUCUAACAAACAGCUCGCAGGGAAGAGUUGAUCAGGUGCACCUUUCAGGCAUUGGAACGGCCGACUCAGCGAGCACUUUGGCCAAAGUCUUGUUGUCGAGACUCAAUUUAUCAGUCUAUUAUGGUCCGGAGCAGCAGCGACGGGCGCAGCACGUGCAGUACAUGUACACACAGCAGAUGCAGCUCUUUGCACAGAACGGCGUGCAGGUGCAGACAAACCAUGCGCCUGUGCAAUCGGUUGGAUUGCCUACCGGACAAAUGCAAAUGCAUGGAAUAAGCAUGCCGACUCAGGGUUAA